GCCAGGCUGCCACCACUCUGUAGUGGUGAGUGGCUGCAACAAAAGCUCAGAAUAACAUCCCUGGCUUUCCGCUCGUCUUUUCUCUCUGCGUCGUUAGCUGGCUGCUCUGGACGCCCAAAGCCCGUAGGAGGAGAGUUGCUCCCUCCAACAUACUGAUCGCUGCAGUAGGCUGUGCUGGUCACCGCAGACCGACCAACCCAACGGCUCUCUGCCUGCCGGGUAUCCCUGCCAUCAACAAGUUAGGGGCAGGACGACUAGGGGAUGGAGAGGACCCCCCCCCCACCUCUCAGCCAAGAGGGGCACUAUUUGAUACUCAAUUAACCAAUUGAGCUGACAUCAUUGCAGUGUGGAAGGAGGAGGAAUACGGGGAAACAGUGUGUAGAGCCAGGGAGCUUUGGCAGCAAAUCAACUAAAAACGAAGAUACCAACAAACAAAAACCAGCCCUUUGGAUAAUGUGUGAUGAAAAAACGGCAGAGGGGAAGAUCACAACUAGGACCCGACAACAUAAUCAACCAGGGACAUGGGAUUUGUGAUUUUGUUUCAAUUGGGAGGGCUCAAGAGCAACGCCGCCACUUCAUUACUUCAGCAAGAGAAGAGCCCGGUUCCUUUUGUGACUCAAAAGGGCUUUUCUUUUCUCCCUUUGUGUUCGUUCUGGCCGCUUCGGGAGUCCGCUGUGGAAAAGGACAGUUGAAUGCAGCCUCCGACGUGCACAAAAGAAUGGGUUUCCAUUCAAGGUGGCCAUUGGUGGGACCUGCACCAACGGCAUUGUGCCUGUGUGUGUUCAGCAUGCUGCUGUGCCUGCCGUCUCCUGCGUCAUGCACAACCUGCCCCCAGAAAUGCCGUUGUGAAGACCAGCAGUUCUACUGCGACACCCAAGGACUGGAGGCGCCCCCGGACGGCGUUGACGGGGGGGCCCUGGGGUUAUCGCUCCGCCACAACAGCAUCGCUGAACUGAGCCCGGACCAGUUCUAUGGCUUCUCCCAGCUCACCUGGCUCCACCUGGACCACAACCAGAUCACCACGGUGCAGGAGGACGCAUUCCAGGGGCUCUACAAACUCAAAGACCUCAACCUGAGCUCCAACCGGAUCACAACGCUGCCAAACACAACCUUCAUCCACCUCAUCAACCUACAGAUCCUGGACCUGUCCUUCAACCUGAUGACUGCGCUGGAGCCUGAGCUGUUCCAUGGCCUCCGCAAGCUGCAGAUCCUACACCUGCGCUCCAACUCGCUGCGCACCACCCCCGUCCGGGCCUUCUGGGACUGCCGCAGCCUGGAGUACCUCGGUCUGUCAAACAACCGGCUGCGAAGCCUGGCCCGGAAUGGCUUCGCUGGCCUCAUUAAACUCAGAGAACUCCACUUGGAACACAACCAGCUGACUAAGAUCAACCUGGCUCAUUUCCCCCGCCUGGUGGCUCUGCAGUUCCUUUAUCUGCAGUGGAACAAGAUCUCCAACCUGACCUGCAACAUGGAGUGGACCUGGACCACGCUGGAGAAGAUGGACCUAACGGGGAACGAGAUCCGGGUGCUGACCCCGGACGUGUUUGAGACGCUGCCCAACCUGAAGAUCCUCCUAUUGGAUAACAACAAGCUAGGCAGCCUGGACCCUCUGGUCUUGGAUAUGUGGCGGUCUCUAGGUACCGUGGGGCUGUCCAGCAACCUUUGGGAAUGUACCAAAGGGAUCUGCUCCCUGGCCACUUGGCUUAGCACCUUUAAGGGGAGGUGGGAACACUCCAUCCUGUGUCACACCCCCGAGUACGCCCAGGGCGAGGAGAUACUGGAUGCCGUUUAUGGAUUCCAGCUUUGCCCAAAUUUUACGGCUCCGCCACCGGUCGUCUUGACCACAAACACAUUGUCGAUGGCCACGGACACGUCGACAGGCACAACGGAGGAGGUCACCAGCUCGCUGUUUGGAAUAAUGCAGCAGACACCCACGCAGGACUUCUACGUGGAUUUUGGGCGCUUUACGACCAUAAUGACAAUGACCGCCACGCCGCGCACCGCCCUGGCAACUGCCUUGGCAACCUCCGCCACGACAGUGGAGGGCGGAGAGCUGGGAGUCACGGAGGACUUCUCAGAGACGGACAACACAGUCCUAACCCAGAGGGUGAUCAUUGGAACUAUGGUCCUUCUGUUUACAUUCUUCCUCAUCAUUUUCGUUGUGUUCAUCUCACGGAAGUGCUGCCCUCCUACCAUGCGCAGGAUACGCCAGUGCUCGGCCAUGCAGAACCGCCGCCAGAUGAGGACCCAGCAGCGGCAGCAAAUGGCGGACCUGGCCACGCAGGUACCCUAUAACGAGUACGAGCCCAGCCACGAGGAGGGAGCGCUGGUUAUCAUCAACGGCUACGGGCAGUGCAAGUGUCAACAGCUGCCUUACAAAGAGUGUGAAGUGUAAACUAUGUGUUCCUCCUGCAGCAGCAGCAGCAGCAUAUGGGCUGUUUACCAUUCUAAAUACAGGGUUUUAUUUUUUUUUGCCUCUUCCCCCCCCAGUUUACAAAAAAAAAGCAUAACUUCUACUCGCUAGCUUUGAGAAAUCACUGAGAUUAGUGUAUUGAGUGGGAGAGUUGAUGACUGGUGGAAAUGAACAGUGACGAGACUGAUGAGGAUGUAGUAGAUAUAGUCACCAUUUAUUUUUAUAUGAAUGUUCAUAUCAAGCUGUGGGCAAUCAGUCUAAAAAAAGGAAAAUGGUAGUGAUUUAUCACCACAUUGUUAUUAGUCACUUUCCGCAGCACGGAGAAAACAUAUAUAUAUAUUUUUUUUUGCCAAAACAUCUGUAGACUGAUCCUCUUACUAAGAGACGGCACAGAUACAAAUAGAUGGGUCUAUAUCAUGAUAUCAUUAUCAAGACACAGAUACAAAUAGAUGGUGGUCUAUAUCAUGAUAUCAUUAUCAAGACACAGAUACAAAUAGAUGGUGGUCUAUAUACAUGAUAUCAUUAUCAAGACACAGAUACAAAUAGAUGGUCUAUAUCAUGAUAUCAUUAUCAAGACACAGAUACAAAUAGAUGGUGGUCUAUAUCAUGAUAUCAUUAUCAAGACACAGAUACAAAUAGAUGGUGGUCUAUAUCAUGAUAUCAUUAUCAAGACACAGAUACAAAUAGAUGGUGGUCUAUAUCAUGAUAUCAUUAUCAAGACACAGAUACAAAUAGAUGGUGGUCUAUAUCAUGAUAUCAUUAUCAAGACACAGAUACAAAUAGAUGGUGGUCUAUAUCAUGAUAUCAUUAUCAAGACACAGAUACAAAUAGAUGGUGGUCUAUAUCAUGAUAUCAUUAUCAAGACACAGAUACAAAUAGAUGGUGGUCUAUAUCAUGAUAUCAUUAUAUCAUUAUCAAGACACAGAUACAAAUAGAUGGUGGUCUAUAUCAUGAUAUCAUUAUCAAGGGGAAUCGGUGGCAGAAAGGACCGUGGAUUAUAAUGACAGGUUUUAAAGAUGCACGGUAGCCACAGUAUGUUACUAUCACAAUCACGUGUUGGUACAGAAGUGAUUAAAAUGGGGUUUUUAAAUUAAAAGCUUUUUUUUCACAUUUGUUAAGUUUUUUUUUUGUAAAUUACUAUGAAUAUUGAAUAAAUGUUUUAUUUAUGUCACAAUCUGAAUUAAAUCUCCAACAGAAAAUCUAAUCUGAUAAACAUUACUUGGCUUAUAUUUAUAUUUCAAAAAUGUGCAUUUCCUCUCUCUCUCUCUCUGUCUCUCUCUCUGGAACCAAACAGGACCUUUCUAUUCUGGUCAGUGAACACCUUCUAGCCUUCUUGUUUCGGGAUUUCAUUUGACUCAAUAAAAGGCCAUUGCCUCCCAUUAGAAGCUAAAAGCUUAGCACUGUCCGGUGAAAAGGUUAAUGUCCAAUUUGCCUGCAAGUACCUGCUUAGUCAAACCGUCUACAAGCCCGAGAUAGUGGAGAUGUAUCAGACAAUUUACAUGUAACACAUUGACCAUCAGCGGUCACACGACAGUAUUAAAAAAAAGAGAUCAGUAUGAAGGCCCGCGGACAGUAUCGAUAGAACCUUCUGGUCUACGGCAAUAUUACACCCCCACACACACAGAAUACGUUUCUGGAGAGGUAGUAGCAGAGCUCGUACAGAGACCGUAAUAGUGAACAAUGGACAAAAAAUAUGUUCUGCUCUGCACAAAAGACAUUUGUCUCAGGGAGGAGACCCCGUGGCGUUACUCCCAGCUAGCUAGCCUUACGCCGCAGCUUCACAGACUCUAAUCAGCUCGGACAGCGUCAACAUUGAACCAAUUAAGGAAAGGCAAAAAAAAUAAAAUUAUAUUCUGUCGCCCACACCAGAGAUCCAGCAGAGAUUUAGAUGGCCACGGCUGCCAGUCAGACGGCCAUUCAAACAGUUGGUAAAAAACAUCCUUCCCUCAACACAGCCAGCAAGGACAUUUAACUCCAUAUCACGAAUCCUGCUCUUGUGAAAGAUUGUCAAGCCAGGCUGACAUUUUCCUUCUUUGGAAAGAAAGGAUGAGAGGGAGGAAAAACAGGCAGAAAGAAGAGGAGGAAAAACAGGCAGAAAGAAGGAGGAAAAACAGGCAGAAAGGGGAGGAAAAACAGGCAGAAAGA